AUGGCAAGCACCCGUGGGGCUAAAGGAAGCUACAAUGUGUCUUCGCCGAGGCAAGAAGAAGAUGACGACAUCAGCCGAUCCAGUUCCUUUUUUGACGACGAAGACAACAGCAGUUCGGAGACAAAGAACACGACUGUUGCUCACGACAAGUCCAGCCCUACCAGCAAUGCCGAAGAAGCUACAGCCAAGAAAGAAGAACAGGUUGCUCAGCCCGAGACCUUGGCAGUUCGAAUCUCGUGGGCCCUUGUGUUGCUGGUCAUGGUGGGUGCAGCGGUGACAGUCUCGUUGCUUGUAUAUCUUUACAUGAAGCAAGACCAGGAAACUGCAUUGGAAGACAACUUUUAUGAUUUGGCGAACCGUCUAGUAGAGGGUUUUCAUGCCAAUACCAAGUUGCGGUGUCAGACUCUGGAUAUGAUGUCUCUUGUGGUGACAUCGGCUGCCAUGUCUUCACAGCAAUCUUGGCCACUUGUGACUAUGGACGAUUUUGAAGCCAUUGCGACAGCUGCUCGGACCAUGGCUGGAUCUGACUAUCUUGGCUUGGUCAGCUAUGUGACCAAUGAAACUAGAAAAGACUGGGAGUAUUACACAACUCAAAAUACGGCAUGGAUUAAUGAAUCAUACGCCUACCAAGAAGACUUCAAGAAAACUCACAACCGAACAGUAGGAAGCAGAGCUCCAGCACGUGCUCUUCGAGACAUGGAUGAUUGGGCAGAACGCUGGCUAGUGGAAGAAUAUCCAGAGGUGGCUGCAGAUGCCACUGCCGCAGCAGAUGAACCCCCCUCUUAUCGAAACGUUACCUUCGAUGGUCCUGGUGGAAUUAGCACUGAGAUAUUUCGUUAUGGCUCUGAUGAGGAAGGUGUCUUGGUUGUGGUGGAUGACUCUCCUGGACCCUACUAUCCCACAUGGCAAACCUCACCUGCCCGAGAGUUUGCAAACUACGAGGUCAACUACAACACUGCUGAUCCUGCGUACAACCCAGCGUACUCUGCUGCUGCUUCCGUAGUUCGCAUCACUCAUACAGCCAUCUUUGGAGGUGUGUGGAAUGUGGAUGAUACAGGUUACAUCAAUGAGAAUGAUGAUUAUGACUAUCGAACUGUUCCAGUAGCGGCUCUGAUGUACCCUGUCUUCGAUACCAUCUUGGGGGGCUUGGACCGAAACGUUGUGGCCGUUUUCGAUACGGAUGUUGAGUUUGGCGCCCUCUUUACUUCUGUGCUUCCCUCGGAAUCCAACAAGCUCAUGUGUGUGGUGAGAAACACCUGUGGUCAAGUCUUUUCAUACGAAGUUGAAGGUGGUGGUGCCACCUACCUUGGUGCCGAUGACAUGCAUGACACAGACUCUGAACAUUUCUUGGUGGAGACACUGCUGGCAGACUUUGACCAGGCUGCUGGAAUCUACAAUGGUGCACCCAUUAACAAAGACUUCUGCCCUUGGGUGUUGUCUGUCUAUGGCACACAGGAGUUGCACGAUGCACACAUCAACAACCAACCCAUAUACUUCAUGUGUGCUGUCCUUGGCAUCUUUCUCUUCACGCUCCUUUGCUUUCUUUUAUACGACUGUCUUGUGGAGCGCCGGCAGCGCAAGGUUGUCAGGACAGCCCGGAACAGUGAAAAGAUAGUCUCUUCUCUCUUCCCCAAAGCUUUCCGUGACAUGAUGUACGCUGAAAACAACCACAAAGAGAAGCAACAGCAAAGCAGCUCCAUGGCCAGCAACAUGGCAUUUCGAACGGGCAAAGCAGCAGAGGAUCAUCGCGAGCAAGCUCUACUGAAACAGCCUCAAGUGGGUGAAUCCAUUGCAAACACGCCACCAAUGGCAGAACUCUAUCCCGAUUGCACAGUUUUCUUUGCUGAUGUUGCAGGCUUUACAGCCUGGAGCUCUUCUCGAUAUCCAGUGGAUGUUUUCAGACUGCUAGAGACCUUGUAUGGUGCCUUUGACAAGCUGGCUAAGAAGCACAUGGUGUUCAAGAUUGAGACUAUUGGAGACUGCUACGUUGCUGUGACCGGAUUGCCAGUCGCCCAGCCCAAUCAUGCCCUGCUCAUGAUCAAGUUUGCCCGAGGCUGUUUGGCACAAAUGAGCAAAUUGACUAGGCAGUUGGAGGGCACACUGGGACCAGACACUGGCGGAUUAGCUUUGAGAGUGGGCCUUCACAGUGGACCAGUCACAGCUGGAGUGCUGCGUGGAGAGAAGGCACGGUUCCAGCUGUUUGGAGACACUGUCAACACGGCCGCAAGGAUGGAAUCCAAUGGGCAAAGAAACCGAAUCCAUGUAUCACAGGAAACUGCAGACAUUCUGAUUGGAAUGGGAAAGGAGCACUGGGUGGCUGCGAGGGAAGAAUUGGUUCAUUGCAAAGGCAAGGGAGAUCUACAGACCUUUUUCAUUAGGGAAAGUGUCACUGGAUCUGUUGCCAGUACAAGAUCUACAAAAUCUUUUGCCAGUAACACUUCUGAUGAGAAGGAUGUAGUUGAGGUAACGAUGGCCCUUGAUGUAAUUGAGGUGGAUGAAAAAAUGAAGAUAAACUGGAUAGAGAACAACUGCAAACGCAUCCGUUGGGUUGCAGACGUGCUGCAGAAGGAGCUUGAAGGGAUGGCAUGCAACCAGGGAUCUGUCCAGGGAGAUCCCACAGUUUGGGAGAAUGAAUCUUUUGUGUCAUCGGAUGGUUUCUCGUGGGAUGAGGACUUUUCAACCGCGUUGCUUUCACCGGGCAUCUAUGACCUACAAGCUCAGGACACCUUGUCUGAUGAGCUCAAGAGACAGCUAAUGGAGUUUGUCUCACGAGUUGCCUUUGAGUGUCAAGGGGUCGUUUACAACUUUGACCAGUCAUGCCAUGCACUCAUGUCACUUGACAGGAUGCUGAAGCAGCUGCCGGAUGUUUUUGGUUCUGAAUUUGAGCUGUCACCUCUGGCCAAGUUCACGUGCAUGUUUGCAACUCUGAUUCGGAACCUGAGCCCACCCGAAACACCAGACAUCAAUCAGGAAGGCAGCAGGCAUGUUCUUCACCACCAAAGUGUGUCCCAAUCAAGAUCUGCCAAAAUGGCUCUGGAACUCUUGAAGGAGGAUCGAUUCGAUGGUCUUCAGCAAGUGCUUUGCAAAAGCAAUACUGAUUUCCAGCAGUUCUGGGGCUUGGUUCAGAAUUUCAUUCUAGCCACUGACCAGACUUCAGGCGUGUUGUCGGAAGAACGCAAUCAGCAUUGGGAUCUCUGCUUUCCCAGCAGUGAUGGCUACAGUAUGAGCACUGCUGCCCCUCACCAGAAGGCAGUGCCCGUUCUGGAGCACAUUAUGCUGUUUGCUGAAGAAGGGCAUGCUGUACAACACUGGGAAACCUAUGUGAAAUGGAGUGCCCUCUUCAAGGAGGAGUUCAAAUGCAAGCAUGGGGGAAAACUCCCUCAGGAGGAUCUUGAUCUACUUUGGGACCAGAGUCAGCUGGAGUACUUUGACAGCUUCAUCCUUCCAAUCUCAAACAAGGUUCACCAGGCCGGGAUUCUGGGUGCAGUUGGUGCUGAGUUCCUUACCUAUGCCUCUCAAAAUCGGCAAGAGCUGGGUUCUCUGGGAUUAUCACUUGCACCAUCUCGGGUGAAAGCAUUGGGUAAAACAAGAGAAGAGGAAUUGGCAAGGUUGCCUGGUGUUGAAGUAGGCAUGGAACCAAUGAAUCUGCACAGAUUGCCGUCAUCGAAAGUGUUGCGGACAUCCCCGGGCCCGAAAGGUCAGACAGCCAAUAUUGCAAUUCUCGACGCGGCCAGUGCCAGAAAUCAGCCUGAAUUUGACAAUGUUGUCGAAGUUUGA